CCUUGCUUUUCCUAGAGUGACUACUCGAUAAGGAAUUGUGUGAAGAGCAUCUCCACCUGUGGAGGGGAAACAGGAGCCUUUUGAUCGCCUCCAGGGUCGUCCCACAUGAUGGAAAACAUGGGGUGCGCCCCAUCGGGUUUCCCAAAUUUCUCACCACCGGACCCGCUCUGGCUGCGCCCAGGUUAUUAGCCAUACCCAGAGAGGAAACCUUUCUCUCUCCUAGCGAGCUCCUCGGACGUUGUCGGCCCCGAUCCGCCACAAGGGAUCUCCCGCCUUUUCCAAAGGCAGGCGCCAGUAUAAAGGCAACUCCAUGAGAGCAGGAAACCCUCUUUCUCUCUCUCUCCACCAGCAGCAGCAGAAGCGCGCAGCCGUCCCGGGAGCCCGAAUCCACCUGAAGGAGAGAUUCACGGCCACCUUUCGAUUCGCCGCCUUUCGUCUUUCAUGCUUCCAACUCCAGGAACUCCAUGCCAAAGAAAAAGACUGUUGAAUCCCUGCAAAAACUGUGCUUGGUGAAUGUGGCUGAGCAUAUGGAGCCUGUCUGGGUCAAGGAUUAUACCAUGGUCAGUUACUGGGAAGGGUAUCAUUGCCGCUACACUGUGGGUCCCUUCAGUGUGCUGGUGUGCCCAUGGCACAAUCCGAGGUGCUUGUCCAUCAGAGGCUUGGUUACAUCCUCUUCAUGCUCCCUUGAAGUUCAGAUUUGCACUCUGCUUGUGUGUCUAGGAAGAGCUGAUGCCCUUCUCCAGGAGCUAAUCCAAUUGUUGGAAAAUGAUCAGCGCCUGACCUCCCCCCUGCUGUGCUCGCUCCUUCAGCCUCAGCUGACAGAGUUAGACCUGAGCAGCUGCCCAAACCUGGUCAGCAGAACGACUGUCCACAUCAUAUCCGUGCGCUGCAAGAAUCUGUCCUCCCUGGUUCUCCAUGGCUGCAGCCAUAUCCCUGCAGAUGCUCUGGCCGACCUCCUAGGAGGUUUGCCAUGCCUCCUCAAGCUGGAUAUCUCAAACACCCAGUGUGACACGUCAGUCUUGUCAACCAUUCGCUCCUGCUGCUGGCGGCUCCAUGAACUAAAUAUCAGUGGUUGCGGAAGACUGUCCCCGGAUUCCCUCCUACACUUGGCCUAUGACUCUGGCACAAACUCUCUGUGCUGCCCAGGGUUAAAAAGACUGUAUAUGGAGGGGCUGGAUCCUGCCACUAAUGGAGAAGACCUGGUCUGGGCCCUUGUCUUUAUGCUACUGGCACUACCCAGCCUUAAAUGUGUGGUUCAUGAUUCUGUGGCUGAGGCUGUAUGUCGGAUCUAUGACCAGCAAUUUGAGGGUGCUCGGAUUCCCCCUAGAUUUCCCUCCUUGGAGAAGCUGGCAGAGUGCAGAAGGUCUGCCUACUCAAGUAAAGGCCGUUCCCAACUCGUCCUGGCUCUCACGCAAAUCUAUUACGUGCCCGCUUCCUCCGUGCCGAAGAUCAACGCUGUUUGCCCAUCCUUGUCAGAAAUCUGCGUAGCCCUGACAGAGAACCUUGCUUUUAAUCCAUGCUUGUUGCCUUGGCGCCAUCUUGUCCGCCUGACUGUCAGCUGCAUGGAGGUGCGGGACCUAAGGGAGCUUCUGCCGGUGACCCAAAGCCUUGGGCCUCAGCUUCAGUUCUUGGCAUUGGAUGGAUUCUCCUUGGAGGACGAGUUCUCUUUUCACACCCUGCUGAGCCACUGCCCAAAUCUCCAGGAAUUUUGGGUGUCCUUCCAUUCUCCCAGGAGAGACGGUUGUGCCCUGCAACCAAACACGGAGGCCAUCUGCUGGGACUUGAGCCUGCCUGACCAUUCACUCCCUCAGCUUAACAACCUUACCCUGAUCCACUCUGACGUGGAGAAUGCCUUGCCUUUGAAGCACGCUGUCCUGUUAAGACAAUGCUUGGUUUCCCUGCUGAGGCAUUCCCCGAAUCUGGAAAGCUUAUGUUUGGCCUGCCUGCCUUUCUCCCUGGAUGACGUGUUUCAGACGGUGCUGGCGCCUCCUGGAACUAGCCUGCUACACCUCUGUAAGCUUUCGCUGGUUGAAGCGGAGGUGUCCUCUCCUACGAUAGGCCUGCUUCUGUCCUCUAAGAAUGAGCUGGCGUGCCUUGAAUUGGAUACAUGUUUAAAUAUCUCUGAGACAGAAUACAGUGAGCUCCUUCGGAAAGUCAGCGAGAAGCGCCUUGAUGUGCACGUCAGCUGGAAAUGAAGACACCCCCCCUCCCCUCUGGCCUGGAAUGGAAGGUCCAUUUCUGCCGAGGCCUAAACUAAAUGUUAUCUCUAUUUGUAUUUUUAAUAAA